AUGAACAAUAUCACACCGGCCGAUCGCUACAUUAUUGUAGGUACUGACGGUCUCUGGGACGCCCUCUCCUCAGGCGAAGUGGCUUUGAUCAUGCAAGAAGAGCUUCGCAAACCCAGUUCACCGGCAAUACGACUUUUAUGGAACUGUUUGACCAGUGUACCCCCAUCUAUUGCUCGAGUGAUUGCCCAAGACGCUAGACAGCGUAGUCAGCCGUUCCCCGAUAGACACGGUGCAGUUCAACCGGAUCAAAAAGCAUUCAAUCGCGCGCUAAAGUUGCUCAGUCUUCCUCCUGGUCUGGCGCGAUUCUAUCGAAAUGAUAUCACGGUGAUGGUGAUCGAAUUGGCCUCAAAACGNUCAAAACGGUGA